GCGCUCGAAUUCAAUUUCAAUAAACAAAUAGAAAAUGUUUGAAACAGAAGAUAUGCUGCCACGAGCGGCUCCCAGGCCCAGUGCGCCAAUACCGCUGGGACAUACCGACGAGAUAGUUAAGCCAACUGUCCCUGAAGUGUCCAUAUUGUUCGGGCAACCGCCUCAGCAACAAGCUCAACUAAAACAACAACAAGCGCCAGUUCAACGUCCAGCAAACAGUUUUGCCUCCUGGAAGAAACAAAUACUUCCUCGUGUUAACUUUUCUCCAGUGCUAACAACAGAAUUGGGCCCAGGCAACCCGACGUCUGCUACGCCCGGCGCAAUCAGCACAGCCUCCGGUGGCAAUGAAUAUAAUUUUCUACCGCGCACUCGCGCUUUUGAUGAGCACAUAGCCCCCACGCAUUCGGUGGGUAGCAAUGUGAAUUUAGGAUUUGCGGUGUCUGGACCUAGCCAAUACACACGCGAAGCAUUUGCCACAGAUGAUUGCACAGUGCCAACAACGCGCUUGCCCCAAACGAAUGCAAUUGCAGCCGAUGUGCUUACAAUUUGUGCUAGCACCCAGACCGAAACAGAAACUAUAUCUGAUGUAAAGGAUGCCAGGCCUGAGCUGACCAAUUUAGCAGAUAAAAAGGAUAUCAGAGAGCUGUUAACUCUAUUGGAAACAAUGCGCCAGGAGCAAAAGCAAUUAAAACGCCUAUGCGAAUCCCUGGCUCAGCAACAACAGCAAGCAAGCACCAAGACUUUUAAAGAAACGGCCUCCCAGUGCGCGAUUGUAGUCCCAACUAAGGGCAAUGCUGCAGUUAAGCGGAUUACGCCUAUUGUUCACGAUUAUAUAGUUGAAGAAGAUAAGCUUGAACUACCAGCGAGACAACUGCCACAAUUUCAAUCACCACACGCUGCGCCACCCGUAGCACAAUCCACUGGAUAUCGAGCCAACACGCCGCAGGGCAAGCAGUCACCGGUGCCGCCACUGGCUGCAUCCGCGCUGCCCAAGUCGAACACAGAUAAAACUUUGGUCAUGAAUGAGCUGGCUCUGAAAUAUUUGCCCCAACGGCAAAUCAACGAACUGAUGGAGGACCUGCAUGUAUCACCAAAAACAGGCAAUGAUGUGAUGGUCAAUGCGGGCUCCAAUUCAACACCAUUGCGUCAAAUUGACAAUUUCAGCCCGAGUCCCAGUAACAUGUCAAACGCUUCAUAUAAAUAUCUCAAAAAAUAUCGAUUGCUGCCCGAAGAGCAAUUGGGCUAUGAUCAUCAUAUAUUAUCCCCGCAAGCAAUGCAUAAAAUGCCACGUUCCGGAUCACCAGCAGCCGCGCAGCACCAGGAGCCCAUGCUGGACUUGGAUAAUAUACGAAAUCAGCCAAAGCUAUUAUAGCUGUUAUUAUAGCCAA